AUGCGCACAACUCUUCUAUUGUUAACUUUGCUACUGAUACUCUCCUGCAUCUGUACAUGUGCAGCAGCAGAGAGGAUGCCACUGCCAGUGCCACGUGUGGGUGGAUACGCUACAGAGGCAACAGGACAAGGGAAGCCUGAAGAACAGAAACACCUUUCAAAACAAGAUCAAAAACCCGUAAGUUGGAAUAAUGGUGAAUUCACUACUACCACACCAUCCCUCAGUAUGAGUGAGUCCAUGAGUGCCUCUGCCACUCUUCCUCUCUCUGACACCACUGCUGUUGCCCCAUCAACACCUGGCCAACAACAGACUACAGGAGCAGCAGGAGAGGGACAGGCCGCCCCUACUGAGGAGUCGACUACGACGAGCACCGCAGCACCGAAGAAGAAGAAGAAGGACGGCGGCCGCGGCCCUGAGUGGCUGCACGGCCCGCUGGUGCUGCUCGCCGCCCUCACCGCCGCAGUGCUGUGCUGA